CGAAAGCAGCUUUCGCUAUGCCUCCCUGGCUCCCACGCACUCCCCGCUUCCUCCGAAGAGGCGGCCCCGGGGACUGAGGCGGCGGGCUCGCCACUCCGAGAUGCUCACACGCCAACGCCACGGCCGCCGCCGCCUCCUCCUCCUGCUCCUCCCCGACAUCACGCAUCUCUGUACCUGCACCUCCCCAACCCAGCACCCCGCCUCCUCCGAUGCCGCCCCCGACGCCUCGCCCGGCGGCCUCGACCCCGCCGCGCUCGCCCCGGACGACGCCAUCGCGGCGCUCCCGGCCCUCGCGGACUCCGCGGGCUCCGCGGCCGCGCUCGCGCUCUUCCGCCGCCUCGCCGCCCGCCCGGACCUCCGCCUCCUCAUGCGGCUCUACGCCACGGCCGCCACCGCCUUCGUCGCGCGGGGGAACCUCCCGAUGGCGCACGAGGCGAUGCGCGCGAUGGUGGCGGCCUUCGCGGAGGCCGGGCGGCUCCGGGAGGCCGCGGACAUGGUGCUCGAGAUGCGGAGCCACGGGCUCCCGCUCCGCGUCGAGACGGCCAACUGGGUGCUCCGCGUCGGUCUCCGGCACCCCGGGCUCUUCGCGCGCGCGCGCGAGGUGUUCGACGGAAUGACGUGGGGCGGCGGGGUGCGCCCCGACGAGCGUAGCUUUCGGGCGCUGGUCCUAGGGUGCUGCCGGGAGGGGCGCUUCGAGGAGGUCGACGCCCUGCUGGUGACCAUGCGGCAGCUUGGGUUCUGCCUGGACAAUGCGACGUGCACGGUGGUCGUGCGCGCGUUCUGCCAGCAGGGACGGUUCAAGGAUGUCUCUGAGCUGUUCAGGUGGAUGUCAGGGAUGGGAACGCUGCCAAACAUGGUCAACUACACAGCAUGGAUUGACGGUCUGUGCAAACGGGGCUACGUCAAGCAGGCGUUCCAUGUGCUGGAGGAGAUGGUUGGGAAGGGCUUGAAGCCGAAUGUGUACACGCACACGUCGCUGAUCGAUGGGCUCUGCAAGAUUGGAUGGACGGAGCGGGCGUUCCGGCUGUUCUUGAAGCUUGUUAAGAGUAGCUCGUACAAGCCAAAUGUGCAUACAUACACUGUGAUGAUCGGAGGGUACUGCAAAGAGGGAAAGCUUGCUCGUGCUGAGAUGCUGUUGGGGAGGAUGGUUGAGCAGGGACUGGCGCCAAACACAAACACAUACACUACGCUGAUCGAUGGUCACUGCAAAGGCGGCAGCUUUGAUUGCGCCUUUGAGCUGAUGAAUAAGAUGAAGCUGGAAGGUUUCCUGCCCAACAUUUACACAUAUAAUGCCAUUAUUGGUGGUUUUUGCAGGAAAGGACAGAUUCAUGAAGCUUACAAGGUGCUCCGAAUGGCAACUAGUCAGGGGCUGCAUCUUGAUAUGGUGACAUUUACUAUACUGAUAACUGAGCACUGCAAACAGGGCCACAUUAUGUAUGCCCUAGAGUUGUUCAGCAGGAUGGCAGAAAAUGGUUGCCAUCCGGAUAUAGACACAUACACCACCAUCAUUGCUGCAUAUUGCCAACAAAGGCAAAUGGAACAAAGUCAGAAGCUUUUUGACAAAUGUCUUGCUAUAGGAUUAGUGCCAACAAAACAAACUUAUACCUCAAUGAUUGCAGGAUACUGUAAAGUUGGCAAAUCGACCACGGCUUUGAGGGUCUUUGAGAGGAUGGUUCAACAUGGAUGCCUACCUGACUCUAUAACUUAUGGGGCCCUAAUAAGUGGGUUAUGCAAGGAAUCCAGGCUAGAGGAAGCAAGGGCAUUAUACGAGAGCAUGCUUGAUAAACAUUUGGCGCCAUGCGAUGUAACUCGUGUCACAUUGGCUUUUGAGUAUUGCAGGAGGGAGAAAACAAGCAUUGCUGUGUCAUUCUUGGAUAGACUGGAUAAACGGCAACAAGCUCACACUGCAGAUGCUCUAGUUAGAAAGCUUAGUGCUGUGGGAAAUUUGGAUGCUGCUAGUCUUUUCCUCAAAAAUGUUCUGGACAAGCAUUACACUGUUGACCAUGUAACUUAUACAAGGUUCAUCGAUUCAUGCUAUAACAGCAAUAGAUAUGCCCUAGCUUCUGAAAUAUCUGAAAAGAUAUCGAAGAGGAUCUCUAACUUUCAGAAAAAGGAUGCCGCAGCCAUUGCUUGAUUACUAGAGUAAUCCAAAUUUUGUCUACCAACGCAGCAGAGAAUUUCAUAGUAGUUCUCAGUGCUCCUUUUUAGCAGAGCUGCUAUGUCAAUCAAUUAGCGGUAAGUGGUCAAGGUCUACAUGACCAGAUAAAUAUUCAUGACCGAUCUGGGUUAGAAGUGCUUGGCGAUGGUAUGGAUCUGCUUUUGCAUAAACUAUGUGAGAAGAAACAAGGUAAGUUGUUCAUAAGGUGAAGAAUUUGUGAUUUCCUUGCAUUUUAGUAACUUCAUUUCGGCCUACUUUUCAUUUGCCUGAUGCAACUCCUGCGAUUGCUUUUGUUUCUACUGGUCAACAGGUCUUUCUUAAACACUUUGAAGAUAUUCAAUGUUGUAUAAUACAUCUGCAUUUUGUAUGAUGGAUUUAAGGUUAGUUCUUUCCCUUCUGUACCUUGUUAUGAAGAAUAUACUUCAUUUUAUGCUAUUUGAAACUUUAGACGUGUAGGUUCUGUUAAUCUGUAUUCUACUUUCUACAGAUGUAAUUCCGUAUAUUUAAACCUGUGUUCAGUGGUUCAAACUCUUAAGAUUGUUCUUGGUAUUGUAACAGUCAUGCUGCUGUUGUGUUCAUGCUUAUCUUUCACUAUAUAAACUUUGACCCUAGCUCUGAAAGUCAAGCUGGUUGGAAAUCAGCGAAUUUCCUGCAAAAACUGAGAUCUAGCUAAUUACAAUAAUAUUAUGAGCAAUAUUAUGGAAAGAAUAUUAUUGAUGACAGCAUCCUGAAAAUCAGCGGAAGACCUAUGUGUAGGCCAAAUGAAAUCUCUUAAUGAUUCCACUAAACUGAUUCUUAGGAAGUAAUAAAAUUGCACAUUCAGUGCUAUUGGCCCCUUCUUGAUUGUACUUCAAACUCAACCACGGCUGCAAAUGGAGCAAAGCUGAUCGGUAUGCUCAUAACUUGGAGACAUUCGUCCCCAAUUAGAUAAAAUUCAGUGAUUGCGGGUGUUUUCUGGGAACUCUUGGUAGCUGCUACCUAGGGAAAAAAACAUUGAUACUCCGAUGUGGGGAUCCUCCACAGUUGGUUCAGAUGUUUAUGUUGUCGUUACUGAACAUAUUUGAUUUUGAGCUUGAUGUGAUCAUUUUUUGUUUUGACCGAAAGAUCCCUAUGAUCAUUGUUUGUUUCUUGUAUUCCUUGCGUGCUAACUUUUGCCGCAACGAAACUCAUGUUAUCAAGGUUGACGCCAUACAAUAAUACAUUAAUAUCUCAAAGUUUUCUUUGUUGGUUGCAUCUUUAUUUGAUGGCUCCAUUGCAUUGGUCCUGGCACACGUACAAUUUAAUCAUUUUCUUUGGUUAAAACUGUUAGGCGACACACUGUGGACAGAAGUUUAAGAUAAUUGCUGAAGUUUUUGACUUUUUAGGCUAAAUUCUGAAUUGAUUUUUUUUCAAGGUUUGAUGUUUGGGAAUUUCUAAUAACCAACAACACACAUAUCAGAGAAUUUCAUUUACAAGAGUUGUGCACUCGCGGUGGACUGGUUAGAGCGUUGAACUCCAGGAGUCGUUGAAACUCCCGUCCUGACCUGGAUUCGAAGCACGGCACCUUCUUAGAACCAAGCCCAGGGGUAGUCUCCCCCUCAUGGUCCAUUUUUUUAGAAUGCAAAGAAAAUACGAACAGUCUAGUCUAUAAUAUACACGUGGUCUGAGCUAGGUGUAAUCAACUGCUCUAUUCACCAAUGUGGAUGCACUUACCGAUGCAAACUAUAACGUCAACACCUAUAGAGUAUUCCUAGUAGUCAAAACGUAGAGCGUACUCCUGAAUUUUCCUUGCACCAUUUUUACUGACGGAACAAGUGAGAAAUAUGGCAAUUUUUUAUGAUCUUGCAGCUCAUCUGCCAGUUGACAGCUCAAUGGCUUCCUGAAUGUUUAGAGAUUCUUCACUGAAGCUGAAUAGUUUGCGCUGCUGCCUCAUUUCAUGCUGCUGUCGUCGGUUGAGCUCAGCUAGCUGCCACUCCUCCCAUCGCUCUACUGGGACAAACUCUCCUUCCAGCAUCUGCACCACCUCAGACAUUGCAGGGCGUUGAUCAGGGUCCAUGUGGGUGCAGAGGAGUGCUACCUGGGAGAGCUGCGCAUCAAUAUAUUAUGAAGAAAAUGGGGAUAAAGAACCUCAGAAUGUUACAGAUAUGAAGGGCCUGUAACCCUUACUCUUAAGACCAAAAACAACAAGACCGGGAACACUAGACCAAAAGACCAAAAGACCUAACUGACUGGAGUUACUAGGGUGAGGAGCUUGUUAUGUUUUCAAGAACUGGAACACUGCCGCUGUUCGAAUCAAAAUUGAAGCCCUCUUGAUGCAAGAUCGGUGCUUGACUGUUGUGUCACCGAAAGAAGCGUAUGAGAUGGGAGGACAGAAAUGCUCAGAGAAGAAUUCUGAUACUAUCCUCAACUGGAAGCAAGAUGGAAUGAUACCUGAACUUGCCAAGGAUUUACUUUAGCAUAAAAUUAAGAUUGGUGAAAUUAUGUCUACAGUUCGAAGAACUAGGUCAGUUUGGAGUGUUCUCAUUUGGACUACUAGCUACUUGUAUGAAAGAAAUCAUUGCUACGUGUGAAGAGUCUCAGUGUGCUCACUGGACUUAAAGUAGAUGUAACUGUGUUCCACAUUUCUCAGAAGCUUCCUCUGGUAGUUGUCUCAGAAAGAAAAGUUCUUCCAAUAUAGACAUGUAGAUGUGAGUCCAGGAUUUGGUCCCACUGGGAUUCUGUAUCUAUAUGUGUACUUAAUUAGUCAUGACCCUACAGACCUAUACCUUCAUAAAGGUGUCACCACUAUUUUCAUA